CCCUUUCUGCUCAUAGAAGUGCAGGGUCAGGCCUGCAGAGAUCUCUUGAUGCCCUUUACUGAGCUAGUUCAACAUCUAAAGAACAAACUCGUAGCCACCACCUUUCUCCUGAUCUGACUGGAAGGUUUUAGAGAUCCCUUCAAAAGAGGGAACGACACGUACCAAGAAAAUAACCAAAGGAGACAGGCAGAAACAAACAAGAGCUGUCAGUGACAAAGAGAAAAAAAGAGGGAAGCUAAAACUUCGAGAGCAGAGACCAGGUACAGACCCAGAGGCAGACAGAAAGAACUAGAGUGGGAAGAAGAGAUGGGAUUCAACAAACAAGAAGGAAUCUGCUCCUUCUCCUAAUCAGAGGACUGGAGAGGAUGAACAGAAGCUAGGAAGGAGAAAAGAUACUGAAUAGCUUGAGACAGCAAAAGGCCACAGAUCUGCCCCAUGGGGAUGCAUAACUCAGUCAUUAUCUGCUUUGUUUUAGGAUUUUUCUUAUGGUUUCCCAAAGUAAGAAGUGAGGAAGGGUGUCUCAAUGCUGAAUUCUGUUCAGGUACUGAGUGGAUCCGUCUCUGGUAUAUUUGGCUGGUGGUUGUGAUUGGUGGACUGCUGCUGCUGUGCGGCUUGGUUUCUGUCUGCAUGAGAUGCUGUUUCACUCACUGCCGUCAGGCUGGGGAGGAAUCAGGUCCUCAACCCUAUGAGGUCACUGUCAUUGCUUUUGAUCACGACAGCACUCUCCAGAGCACCAUUACAUCUCUCCAUUCGGUAUUUGGGCCAGCCGCCAGGAGGAUACUAGCAGUGGCACACUCCCACAACACUGUGCAGGGCACGCCACCCCUGACAGCAUCAGACAUUCCUCCAGUCUACGAUGAAGCUCUACACACGAGCAGGUUCACUGUUGCCAGGGCAGGGCAGAAAAUGCUAGACCUGGAUCCAGCGACUAAAGAAAAACUGCAGACAUCUGCCGAGGACAAGGACAUCCAGCCAGUCUUUGCAGGACACUAGUGCUUACGUUCACUGAAUGGCAGUAAAAUUCAGAAUAGUAACAUUCAGAGAGUAGUUCUUGUGGUCAGGGUUAGGAGUAUCAGAUUAAUCCCCUUAGUCUAAUGAGAAAGGGAAAAAAAGAGACUAAAAUUCCAGAUAGUUCUAGAUCCAGAAUAUUCGGAUAGUUCCUUUUUACACCUUGAGAUAAGUGACCAUUGGCAACCCCUGGAUCCAUUUAUUAUACACACACAUCACUAGAUUCACAGAUUGCACAUCCAAGCAUGCAGCAAGAUAAAAGUGCUGAGCCUUGCAGGCUGGUGCUGGAUACCUACAGGGAGAUGCUAGGCCUGUAACCAGCGGUGUUCCUCAGGGGUCUGUGCUGGGUCCGGUCUUGUUCAACAUCUUCAUCAAUGACCUUGAUGAGGGGAUAAUGUCCACCCUCAGCAAGUUUGCCGAUGAUACGAAGUUGGGAGGAUUGGCUGACACGCCUGAAGGCUGUGCUGCCAUUCAGCAAGACCUGGAUAGGCUGGAGAGCUGGGCAGAAAGAAACCGGAUGAGGUUUAACAAAAGCAAGUGUAGAGUCUUGCAUCUGGGGAGGAAUAAUUGCAUGCACCAGUACAGGUUGGGGGAUGAGCUGCUGGAGGGGAGCUCUGCGGAAAGGGACCUGGGUGUCCUGGUGGGCGACAGGUUGGCCAUGAGCCAGCAGUGUGCCCUAGUGGCCAAAAAGGCCAAUGGCUUACUGGGGUGCAUUAAAAAGAGCGUGGCCAGCAGGUCAAAGGAGGUGAUCCUCCCCCUCUACUCUGCCCUGGUAAGACCUCAUCUGGAGUACUGCGUCCAGUUCUGGGCUCCCCAGUACAAAAAAGACAGGGAUCUCUUGGAAAGAGUCCAGCGGAGGGCCACGAAGAUGGUGAAGGGCCUGGAGCAUCUCCCCUAUGAGGAAAGGCUGAGUGAACUGGGUCUGUUCAGCCUUGAGAAAAGGAGACUGAGAGGGGACCUGAUCCAGGUCUAUAAAUAUCUAAGGUGUGGGGGGCAGAAUGGCGAGGCCGGACUCUUUUCAGUGGUGAGUGGAGACAGGACAAGGGGAAACGGCCAGAAACUGGAGCAUAGGAAGUUCCGCACAAACAUGCGCAAGAACUUCUUUACAGUGAGGGUGACGGAGCACUGGAACAGGCUGCCCAGGGAGGUGGUGGAGUCUCCUUCUCUGGAGACGUUCAAGACCUGCCUGGAUGCCUACCUGUGCUACCUGGUGUAGGGAACCUGCUUUGGCAGGGGGGUUGGACUCAAUGAUCUCUGGAGGUCCCUUCCAACCCCUACAAUUCUGUGAUUCUGUGAUUCUGUGAUUCUGUGAUCUCAUUCUGAUUGCCACCAGCCUAAAUUUCCUGGGGAUGGCAGAGGUUUUCAGAGCAGGAAAAGCAAUAUGAAAAGGUCUUACACCAAUAUUAAAAUCAAACUCCAGGAAAGCGCCAGCCAUCCAUUCACAGUAAAUAAAAAAGAGGCUACAUGUACACAAUCUGCAUGUAAGUGAAAGAUAGCAUAGUAUACACUGGUAGUAUUUACAGUUCCCUAAAUGCUCUACAGGAUAUAUAGAGGGAGUACACUCUUGUUUUGAAUAUGAUAUGUAGCAAUUCUGAAAUAGCAGUUAUAAGCUCUGGUAUUUGAAUUGAAACUAUGAUGUGCGCAAUAACAAAUCAAACAAUAGGAGAAGAAAGUAUUCUGUUGUUAAAAUAAAGUUUAAUUAUGUUUUA